AGUUUCAGGUCUUUUGCCGGAUAAGCAUAGACUUUGUGAUUUCUCGGUUCAGUUUAUUUGGAAACUCGUAAGCCAAUCAAACAGCCAUGGGUAAGGAAAAGACUCAUAUUAACAUUGUCGUCAUUGGCCACGUCGAUUCUGGUAAAUCUACCACCACCGGUCACUUGAUCUACAAGUGCGAUGGUAUCGACAAGCGUACCAUUGAAAAAUUCGAAAAGGAAGCCCAAGAAAUGGGUAAGGGUUCCUUCAAGUACGCCUGGGUUUUGGAUAAAUUGAAGGUCGAACGUUAGCGUGGUAUCACCAUCGAUAUUGCCUUGUGGAAAUUCGAAACAUCCAAAUACUAUGUCACCAUUAUUGAUGCCCCUGGUCACAGAGAUUUCAUCAAGAACAUGAUCACUGGUACCUCUCAAGCUGAUUGCGCUGUCUUGAUUGUUGCUGCCGGUACUGGUGAAUUCGAAGCUGGUAUCUCCAAGAACGGUCAAACCCGUGAACACGCCUUGUUGGCCUUCACCUUGGGUGUGAAGUGA